CUAAAACUCAACCAAAAAGGGGGUACAAAAAAAGAGAAAAAAAAAAUUAAAUGUUAUUGAGUGAUGGGUAGUUAAAGAACUUAUGGUGUUAGGCUGUCCAAAAAGAGAAGCAGUUAAAGAGUUUGGAGUACAAUGUCUUAAACAAGAAAAUGUCUGUCCCAUUAUAACAUCUCGAAACCAAACACACACACACACACAUAUAACAAUCUCUUCUUCUCUGACAUUACACAAUGGUGGUUUGAGUUUACAGAAGAUAAUAAUGGGGAAAACUAGCAAAUGGUUUCGAAGUCUCUUAACCGGAAAGAAAGAGAGAACAAAGGAACAUAUCAUUCAAAGCGAGUGUGUAUUCACUUCUUCCAUUCCAGGCACUCCUAAGGAGAAACGUCGAUGGAGUUUUCGACGUUCUUCAGCAACUGGACCACCGCCACCAGCUUGUGCUAUUACACUGAAAGAUUCACCACCACCGCCGCCACCACCACCUCCACCUCCACCGCUACAACAACCAUUUGUGGUCGAAAUCGUGGACAAUGAAGAUGAACAAAUCAAGAACGUUUCAGCUGAAGAGAUUGAAGAAUUUGCAGCAAUAAAGAUUCAAGCGUGCUAUCGUUCUCAUUUGGCGAGGAAAGCAUUAAGAGCAUUAAAAGGGUUAGUGAAAUUACAAGCACUAGUGAGAGGUCAUUUAGUAAGGAAACAAGCAACAGCUACACUUAGAUGUAUGCAAGCAUUAAUAACACUUCAAGCCAAAGCUCGAGAACAGAGGAUUCGUAUGAUCGGAGGAGAUUCAACAAAUCCAAGAACAUCGAUUCACAAAACCAGGAUCAAUAACUUUUACCACGAGAAUGAAGAAAACAUCAAGAUUGUGGAAAUGGACAUUCAAUCGAAAAUGUACUCUCCGGCUCCUUCGGCUUUAACCGAGAUGAGUCCUCGCGCGUAUAGUAGCCAUUUCGAGGAUUGUAACUCAUUCAACACAGCUCAAAGUAGUCCACAAUGUUUCAGCAGAUUCAAAGAGUAUUACAAUGGAGAUACUUUGUCUUCUUAUGAUUACCCUCUCUUCCCUAAUUACAUGGCUAAUACUCAGUCUUCUAAAGCCAAGGCUCGGUCUCAAAGUGCGCCGAAGCAGAGACCUCCUGAGAUCUAUGAGAAGCAGAUGAGUGGGAGGAGAAGAUCUUCGAUGGAAGCACCGAGGAAUAACGGUGUCCCGAGAGCUGUAAGGAUGCAGAGAUCUUCAUCUCAACUAGGGUCAAACACAGCCAAGGAAAGUCAACAACAUCAUCAUCAUCAGUACUAUCCGUGGAUGGCGAUAAAGCUCGAUAGAUCUAAUAUUUCGCUUAUGGAGAGCGAAUGCGGAUCUACAAGUACCGUUAUGACUAAUACCAACUACGGUAGACAUGUUGAUGUGAGUCCGGAAAGAUUACUUGUUUCACAAGAAAAUAUGAAUUUUGAGAUUAGCACUUAUAUUUCUUGACUUUGUAUUAUUGCAGGUUCAGGGAAACAACAACAUGUACUGAACACUGUGCUUUAGAAUUUGAGAGAUUGCUGGAAAAAUAGGCAAGCCUAAAAAACGAAGAGGACAGGUUUAUAGGAGUUUUUUUUAUGAUGAUGGAGAUUUAACAAUCUCUAUAUGUAAAGCAAAAAAUGUAGUAGACUGUAGAAGUGACUCAUCUCGUCUUAAAUUUUGAUUUUUCCUUUUUAAUUAUCAUUCGAAUUAACGUUAACAGUAUUUGUCAAAUUCAUGGAUGUUACUAUGUUCAAAAUCCAUAAUUUGUAUAUUGAUUCGAUUACAUUAGUCAUCAGCAAACUGAAUUACAAUCAAACAGGAC